AACAGAAAGUAAAUCCAGCAUAUUUCACAGGAUGUCGGUGAUUCACAUGAUACAUGUAUUUACCCCAUAAUAUAGUGCUGAAAGGACAGGUUAAAUCAGCGGCUCCUUCGCCUGCGGUGUCCCCACCUUCGCCGAGCGGCUCUAACGUCAUAUCUUCUGGAUGUGUUGGGGGGGGUGGCUAACACAGUUUGGAGCCGAUUAAUGUUCAGAUACACCGACCUGAGUGUAGGGGGUGCUUUUUAAACGCAAUGGCACUCAGGAAUUGCUUGGGACUGCAAUGCGUUUUAACGGUUUUUUAUUUAAUAUCUCCUUCCUGGAUGUCCUGCGCUUUCUUGCUGGUUACGGCGGCCGGGGACCUUCCUCCAUGCACCGAGACGGAGUACUAUUUUGAGUACACAGAGUGUGACAGCACUGGCUCGCGCUGGAGAGUGGCCAUCCCUCGCGAAGAAGGCACAUGCAGCGGCCUCCCCGACCCCACCCGCGGGACACAGUGUGGCUUCUCCUGCAAGGCCGGUGAGUUCCUGGAAUUGUCGACCCAGCAGUGCACAAAGUGCGCCCCUGGGACCUUCUCCCUGGGCAGCGGGAUCCGUUUCGAUGAGUGGGACGACAUUCCUGCUGGCUUUACCAACGUGGCCACCUACACGGAGGCUCAUGACAACAGCGAGGGCGAAGUCCAAACAUGCCACAACUCCUCAUGGACCCCCCAGGGCAGCUACUUGGAGUCAAACCAAGAUGAGUGCAUGGUGUCUCUGAUCUACACAGUUCACUUGACAAAGCAGGGCUUUGUCUCCUUCGAGUACCAGUACGUGGAUGGCAACAUCAUUUUUGAAUUCUUUAUCCAGAAUGACCAGUGCUUGGAAAUGGAUCAGUCUUCUGACCAGAAGUGGAUCAAACUUAGCAGUAAUGGAGACUGGGCCUCUCACACGGUUAACUUGAAAUCAGGCACCAAUAUCCUGUACUGGAGGACAACUGGAAUUCUGUUUGAUGCCAAAAUGGUGAAGCCAGUGCUGCUGAAGAACAUUCAGAUUGAAGGGGUUGCCUACAUGUCGGAGUGCUUUCAGUGCAAGCCGGGCACCUUCAGCCGCACGGCCGGCUCCUCCGUGUGUGAGCUGUGUCCCAGGAACACCUACUCUGGCAGGGGGGCCAGCUCCUGCACCGCCUGCAACCUGGAGGUGGCCUACGCCCCUGAGGGGGCCGCGGAGUGUCGAGGGAGACCCCCCUGCAUCAGGAAGGAUUACUUUGAAAUCCACACGCCAUGCGACAGUGAGGGCAAGACCCAGAUCAUGUACAAGUGGAUUGAGCCAAAGGUUUGCAUAGAGAACAUGACGGAUGCAGUGAUGCUGCCCCCGUCUGGCAAGCGACAGGCGUGUCCACCCUGCAACCCAGGUUUUUACAACAACGAGACGGGAUCCUGCUUGCCCUGCCCCCUCGGGACCUUCUCAGGUGGCACAGACGGACGCUGCCAGCAAUGCCCUGCUGGCACAGAGCCAGUCCUUGGAUAUGAGUACAGGUGGUGGAACGUGCUCCCAUCCAACAUGAAGACCUCCUGUUUCAAUGUGGGAAACUCCGAUUGCGACCAGAUGAACGCCUGGGAGGUGGCUGGGGACCACAUUCGGAGUGGAGUGGGCAGCUUGGACAAUGAUUACCUGAUCCUGAACCUCCGCAUCCCGGGCUUCAAGCUUCCGACAUCGGCGAUGGGCAGCACAGGCGAUGAGAUCGGUCGCAUUACCUUUGUGUUUGAGACUGCAUGCUCUGCUAACUGCGAGCUCUACUUCAUGAUGGACAUGAACAGGAAGAGCACCAACAUUGUGGAGUCGUGGGAAGGAAGCAAGGAGAAGCAGUCGUACACCCACAUCAUUGCCCACAAUGCCUCAAUGUCUUUCACAUGGGCAUUCCGGAGGACCAACCAGGCACUUGAUGGCAGGCAGUUUGUCGAUGAUGUUGUGAAGAUCUACUCCAUCACGGUCACCAACGUUCUGGGCGGGGUUGCCACUUCUUGUCACACCUGUGCCCUGGUGUCCCAGCAGCCGGGCUCCUCCUGCAUCCCCUGUCCAGCUGGACACUACAUCGAUGUGGACACCAACCAGUGCAGGGAGUGUCCCCCCAACACCUACCUGUCCGGGCACCUUAUCUAUGGCAAAGGAACCUGUAUUCCCUGCGGCCCAGGCAGCAAGAGCAACAAGGAGCACUCUGCCUGCUUCAGCGACUGCAGCUUCUCCCACGUGGCAGGAAAGCGGACCCUGACCUACAACUUUAGCCGGAUGGGUCCAGUGGCCUCCAUCGUGAACGGGCCCAGCUUCACGUCCAAGGGCACCAAGUACUUCCACUUUUUCAAGAUCAGCCUGUGUGGGCAGGAGGGCAGGAAUGGUGCCGUGUGUACUGACAAUGUGACAGACCUGUCCAGAAAUGACCUCCAGAACAAAUCUGGAGGGCCUACCAAUCAGGUGGAGUCUUUCAUCUGCCAAUCGACCAUCAUACCAUCAGAUGGGCGGGGCUUCAGGACAGCGCUGUCCUCCCAGUCCGUCAGCCUGGCGGAUAUUUUCCUGGGGGCAACUGCAGAGAAUACUCUCGCUGGGAUCAGCGUGAACCCGGGCCUGUUCCCCGAGAUGCCAAAGAAAAUUCCGGAUGUCAACUUCUUCUACUGGUCUCCAUGGGCCACGUCAUCAUGCAAGAAUGGACGCCAUGCUGUGGUCACGUUGCGGUGUAACCCGGACAGGAGUGCCAGUGGGGAGCUGAGCGUGCCCAGGAAAUGCCCGGCGGGCACCUGCGAUGGCUGCACCUUUCACUUCCUGUGGGAGAGCUCCAGUGCCUGUCCGCUUUGCACAGAGAUGGACUUCCACGAGAUAGAAGGGGCCUGCAUAGAUAGCGUCCAGGAUAAACACUACGUGUGGAAUGACCCAAAGCUCUGCACAGGCGGGGUCCAGCUCCCAGCUAAGAAGACCUCAGCCUGCCAAUCCGUCGAUUUCUGGCUGAAGGCUGGGGCUGGGAUCGGCAUCUUCAUGGGCAUCCUGCUCACCGCCAUCACCUGCCACUUCUGGAAGAAGAACAAGAAGUUGGAGUACAAGUACUCAUUUUUGGUGAUGAGCACCAAGAGGCAGGGUGAGUUUCCCACUGCAGACAGCUGCGCCAUCAUGGAGGGUGAGGACAACGACGAUGAGUCGGUCUAUUCCAGCAAGCUGUCACUGCUAGACCAAUUCAGGUCCCUGGUGACAAAGGCGAGCAGCGAGCAGCACGAGUGUGUCCAGCUGGAGUCACCGCAGGAGCACAGCUUCAAAACUGGACAUCAGUACUGCUGGAAUUCAGCAGAGCACAAAAGCCCCCACCCCACCCCCUACUAGAAGGAGUAGCACUACUGCUCCCUGUGGGAUCAAACUGAUGGGGCGUUUUCUAAGAGCAGAGAAAGGCCACUGAUACAGGAUUAAUCUUACGUAAAAUGUCCCAUUGGGAAAAUCGUGAAGAAACCCGGGAUCCCACCAGAGAGACACGAUAACUGCUGCACUAUGGACUCCACAGAAGGACUGCAGUCACACAGAGGAACUGACUCUGAUCACAGAGGGAGUCACAUAGGAAAUGAAUGGACUCUUCACAGAUGGAGUCAUACUGGGGACAAAUUUACUCUGUUCUUGGAGUUGUGGAGGUGAUGAUGACUCAAAUUAAUUGACUGUUCACCGAGGAAAUCACAUACGAGAUGCUUUUUCAUUGAAGAAUUGGCACUUGGAUGGACUGACUCUGUCCACAGAUGAAGUGGCAUUUGGAUGGACUGACUCUGUCCACAGAUGAAGUGGUACUUGGAUGGACUGACUCUGUCCAUAGAUGAAAUGGCAUGGGGGCAGACUGACUCUGCCCAUAAGUGGAGGUAUGGGAGUAGACUGACUCUGUCCAUAAUGGAGCAGCAUAGGGGCAGACUGACUCUGUCCAUAAUGGAGCGGAUUGGGGGCAGACUGACUCUGUCCAUAAGUGGAGGCAUGGGGGCAGACUGACUCUGCCCAUAAGUGGAGGCAUGGGGGCAGACUGACUCUGUCCAUAGGGGCAUGGGGACAGAGGCAUGCGGACUGAAGAGUCAUACUAAUGGCAAAUGUGUGACGUCACUCCAGCAUAUCCUGUCCCCACUCAGAUUAAGGUGGCGCCCUUGGCUCUCUGCCCUGUGUUUUCAGUAUCGCUGACACAUAGUGUCAGUGUGUUAACACCAUGUCAUUGCUGGGGGGUCUGUUAUGGCAGCUCCGCCGUUUGACUUUUGCCACCCAGAUGAACGGUCUGUAACCUGCGGUAAUUGGCGCGGCCAUUGAUUUGAUGCAACAACCUUGCAUGUGCAAUACUAGUGUCACAAACGUCUCCGAGAGGCCGCCCAACACGUGGGGGCUCUCAUUGUCCCCACUACUGGCGUAAAGAAGGAAGAGGACAAAAGGAACAGGAGUGGGAAUCAGUUUAUUGAUGGACUCUCUUACUGCCCACAAAAGGUCACAGCUAUUGCUUAGAACUUAGAGCUAGCCCGGUUCAGCCUGACCCCGCUGUGUUCCACACCUCUGCAUUUCCUCAGUCCUAGAACGGAUAAGAAGUUCACAAAAUGAAAUAUAUUUCUCAGACACACCUUCCCGGAAGCCAAAGAAUACAAGCAACCCCUCCCCCCCUUCAGCCGGGCUACAGACAUGUAGAACUUUGUGAGAAGUAUCUACUCACCUCAGGCUGGAAUAGUACAGUUCGUACUCUGAAAAGCUCAGUACUCCAGCCUGCCCCCGGGGAGAGUUCAAAGAGACCACAGUCCAAAUAAACAUUUCACACAGCCUGACGCGCACUGCAUAUCUCCUGGCUACAGAGCGGCCAAGUUGAGCACAGCGGGCAGAUAAACCCGAGAGCGUGGGGCUGCAAUACCUGCGACGAGCAGCUGGAGUCUGACGCGGCACGUUGGACACGCUUUACAUGAUCCACCGCAUCCUGCUUGGCGCCUCCCCACCACUCUGACUCCUCAGCUCCUAACAUCCCUCCAUCUCCCGCGGGGCUAGAAAGGCUCACACCUCCUGCUGACUACACCCACUGUCAGACACUGGGUUUGGAGCGUGUGAUGGGUGGUGUGCGGGUCAGUGGGUCAAGACUCUGUACCUGUGAUCGCAAGGUUGCCGGCUCAAAUCCCAGAGUUAGCAGAGUGAUGUCACUGUUGGGUCCCUGAGCAAGGCCCCUAAUGAUGUCACUGUUGGGCCCCUGAGCAAGGCCCCUAA